UGUAAAUGGAAUGGAAUGAAUAUAAAACUAUAUAACUAUCAGAAUAGGACUUGGGGUUUAUAUUUCCCCUAACUUGGGUUUAGUGAUUACUUUGUCCCCUAUUAUGCCAUGUGGGUUUAAUUAGAAAAAUGUUUGGGUUCCGUUUACUAUGUCUUGGGGUUUAUAUUCCCCUAACUUGGGUUUAGUGAUUACUCUCAAGCCUAGUUUUAACAAGCCUUCAUUAAACUUGUUUCCACCUCACAUAGUAUACUGUAUGUGGAAUGUAAUGAAUAUAAAACUAUAUAACUAUUUUGGAUGGCAGAAGAAAGCUUUGAUUGAAGAUAGAAACGAAAUUUGGGAGAAAAACAAAAUUAUUGCACAAUUGAAGAAGACAAUUGCUGAGUUUAGUAGUGAUUUGGUCAAGAAAGAAGAGAUAGAAGAAGACAUAAUUAACCGCUUUCUUAAGAUGUAAUGAUCUUAUUGUAAUGUUUAAGCGAUAUUAUUGUAGUGCUUACGACAUGUCUUGGUCGGAACUUCUUUGUAGUUCCUAUAAUAUCGACUAGUUUUUAAUUGAAGACAUCAUGUUUCCUUUGUCGUAGAGUGAAGGUGAAUGCAAAUCUCCUUUACCUUUGUAUAUAAUCUAGUUCAUUAGGAAUGUAAAUACAAGUCUCCCAUCUCCAUUAUAUUAUUUAGAUAUAUGUAUAUAUGAUAUACUAUACAGUUACUAUAUGAUUAACAUGGCUUAUAUAAGGUUGAAUUGUAGUUCGGAUCGAAUUUAAAUGAUUAAGUGAUAGAAAUGUACAUAACAUACACUAUACUAUGUGGAAUAUAACUACCUUCAAUUGCAAAUUUAUUGCACUAACGACAUCAUCACAGACGAGCUGUAACCCACAAUUGCAAAUUUAUUGCACUAACGACAUCACCACCUUUCCCCAACCGCACACUUCACCGUCUUCGGUUGUGAUUAUUUUAGUAAAUAUAAACUGAUCUAUAUCCGAUAGAAUGGAAAAUAUUCUCAUAUGACAUGGCGGUGACAAACUUUAAACUGUUGUUAUACUAUGUGUAUUCUAUUUGAAGUGGAACUAUUUCUAUAUUUUGGCAUCAGCAUUACGAUCCAUGCAUUCUCCGUUUGUAACGUUCUUUCUUUUACACUUCUGCUUUUUUAUAUUUUCAUCUCUCUAGAAUGUUUUCCUUCCUUUCAUUUUUAUUUCAGGCGUUGCCAAAAUACUCUCAUUGUUACUAUGGUCAGUAAAUCACCACGUCGUUUACUUUAGUUAAAGGAACUGGGAACCUGUUCUCUAUAAGGGUAUAACCGGCUAGUAAGAUGGUAAAAAGACAGUAAGUACAUUAUGUCAACAUCAUGACUACUCUCUUAAUUUCCAUCUCAAAUAUGGCUAUUACUGCAAUAAGCCUUUAUAAAUACGUGUAAGAAAUAUAAGGGAUAUAUUACCAAGAAUGGUGAUUACGCUAUUUUUCUUUGAUCUAAAUUCAAACUCGGUUUGAGAACAAUGAGUUAAAGAAUCUAAACUUUCUGAUUUUUUAACAAAAAGUUAUGACAUCAUUCCGUCCCUGAGAUUUACAACUUUGAGAUUUUAUGUUUUUGUAAAUUAUUUUCUUGAAUUAUGGGAAUCAUAUGCCAAUGUUUCUUUUGUCUAGACUCAGGAUCUCCCUUGAUACAUCCCUUCCUCUUCGAAUUAGGUUUAUUUGUUUUGUUUUGGUGGUUUGCUAAUAUGUUGCGAUUAGUUGGGAUCCAGCGGCUGAGAAGUGAAGGGUACAUUCUCAGUGAAAGUAAUAAGGUACAUAAAAUAAUUAUCCCUGACGCAAGUGAGAAGCUCAAGCUGUGAACAAUAUGGAGCAUGUGCUAGCUUUGCCUUUCCAACACACCAGCGCACGCAUCUUCGUCACUUCUACUUCAUAUAUAUAUAGUUCAUAACAGCCCUUAAUGUUCAUUCUCUCUAUCUCCCUCUUUUUAUUUUACAUUUUCUUUUUCUAAUCAUUUUACAAUUGAGAAAGAUAAAGACUUGAUGAACUAUUUGUGAAAUCGACGACUUUGUGGCCCUGUCUCUCUUUUUCUUAUUUACAAUAUUGAACAACCACCAUUCUAUAAGUUGAUGCUUAUUGAGUAAUUGAUAUCCAACACGCAGUCAUAAAGUUUAAAAAAAUCAGUCAUAAAUGAGAACCCAAAACAUGCAAUUCACUAAAUAUAUAAAUAAUCAAUUAAUAUCGCUCAAUACAUUGUAAAACAAAACUCAUAUUGUUGGUUCAUAAAUUAUUAAAUUACGAACAUAUUUAUAUUCAGUGUCGGCCUGGAGAUUUAAAGAGCUAUAGGCAUUUUAUUAAAGUUUCAACUAAUUUUUUUCUUUAUAAAUUUAGGUGUCUACAAAAAAUUUUAGAACCCUAUUUCUAUUUCUAUGUAGUUUUCUUUGAAAAAUUUGGGGUUAAAACCAAAUGUUUCAUUCGGUAUUGUUCAUAACUGGUUUUGUUUGUAUUAUACACCAUGGUAUAUUUAGUAUUUAUUGAGAAACUCAUACAGUUUAUGAUGUUUAAUGUGUGCUCUAAUGAUCUCUUGGGUAUAAAGGAAAGGCAGGAGAGGAAUAUGCGAAGUAAUUCGUGGAGGAGUCCUAAAAUGAUAAACCUGCACAUUUCUUUAUAUAAAUAUAUUUAAAAACGACAAUAUUAUUUUGUUGUUUUUAGAAAGUGUUGCGAGAAGCUUCAUGAAACUCAGGAUAAGCUGCUACUUUUGCUUUUUAUUAUUUCUGUUUCUGACAUUUCUCCAUUUCCUAGUAAAUUAAAGGGUUAAAACUGCUGUAUGAACUGUAAUUUUUCUUCAGUUAAAAAGAAAAACUGUAAUUUUUCUAAUAUUAUUAUAAUAAGUAUUAUUACGACAGGACAAGAUUUAUUCUGCGCAUUUGGGCAAUUAUCAACUAAUAUUGCCGACAAAAAAUAAAUUCUGCGCAUUAAAUGAUGCAAAUCAUGUUGAAGCCAAUGGUGUAGCUCCUGCAUGACAAAAAUACGUCGACACCAAUCAAGAAAAUUAAGACUAGCGAUGACUUAUCUUAGUUUUUUCUGGUCGAAAUGUUAAAAACUUAUCAGCUAACCACCAUGGCAACCUCUGGAUCGGAAAGAAAUAUAAUGUUACAUAAAGGUUAUGAAAUUUAUUACGUACGAUAUAUGCCAUUACUCAUUAUGGUAAAACUAUUUGUUUUUGGUAAAAAUAAAUAAAUAUGUGUGUAGACAUCCUUAACGUGAUGUAUUUAUCAAGAUACUGCGAUCUAGCUAGAAUAAAUCACAAGAGAAAGACAAACAAAGUGACUUUUUCUUUAAUGUUGUAAAAAUAUUGGUUAUGUUAAAAUUUCACUGUAUGAUUUCGAAACAGUGUAUUUUGUUUAUAACAUAACUCGGAAAGAUAAGAAUAAUAAAAAUCAGAAACUUUGAAUCUAAUAUCAGGAAAUUAAUAAACCUGAUGAUAAUUUUCGUUUGCAUGUUGUUUUGUAUUUAUUUACCAUAAGUAGGGGACCAAAGCUUUUUUUUUAUGUCAACAGGGGACCAAAGCUAUUUGUUGUAUUUUCUAUGAAACCAAAACCAAUGGCCGGAAGCAGAGGAGAGAGGACCACAUAUUUCCUUCACAUUUUUAAUUUUUUCUUGUUAAAAGUAUCUGCAUUGUUCUGCAUUUUUUCAUCGCAUAUCUUAGACUUAGACCAAAAUUUGAGAAACUGUAAGCAAUUAACGAAUAACUUUGCGCAGAGAAAAUCACACCAAUAGAUUAAACUGAAAGAUGAUUAUCAACACUUUCAAAAAUAUAAACUGGUAAUAUAAAUAAUUCAUUCACAUAAGUUUUGAGGCAAAUAACUUUCUAUGAUAUUUUGUUAUUGUUUUCAAUCUCUGCUAUAUAUGUUUUAUCUAUCCAUAUUUUGACUGCACAUGCUACAUUUAUUUAGAGGCCACAUUCAUAUUACUGGUCGUUUACACUAUCAGACUAUUGCUCCAGCAACAACUAUUAAAGAACUAUAGUAUUCACAGUGCUGAAAAGUCAAAAUUGUACAAUAUACAAACGUACCAAUUACAACACAUCCAAAGUUUAUCCAAGUUUGAGGAUAAGUUUAAGAGUGUGGACUGGAGUAUGAAAAACUAUUUGAAUCUUGGACGUAUAAGAAAAGAAAACACAAAACGUUAUUUGAUGAGAUAUACAAAUAAUGAAUUUUUUACACUCUAACACACAUUAUGUCUUUCCAAUAUCACAUUAAGACACUUGUGGCUGGAGACACACUUUAUCUAUGUGCAAUGUCUUGCAUGCCCUUCAACUACACUCCCUUUUUCUAGCUCUUCUCUGACGAAUCAAUCCCACUCAACUCUCUUAUUGAUAAAAUAAUAAUUUUUAAAUUGUAAUUUCAUAAAUCAAUUUUUGAAUUUGGAAAACUACGUAUAUUGUCUCUUCCACUUAUGAGUCUCAGAUCUACUUUCUCCAUUUCCUGAACUCCUAUCCCUAAUCUCGCGAAACACCUUUAUAUCUUUUUCAUCAAUUCUUGGAGAACACCGGAUAAUCCAGAGGCCCUGCCCUUCAUCAUCUUUCUCCAAUUUCCUUUGUUUUUCGUCGCCCUUCUUCAUCAUCCGUAACGAACCAUGACGAAAUUGAAGUCAAAGAAGAAAGCAAAGAUUACUGAGCAACCAAACCCACCACAAACACUUCAACCGGUAUCAGGAUCAUAACUGUCAGAAUCAAGCCGUCGUCUCUGUCGCCUUUCGAUCCGAAGCUCCUCAAGCCACUCUCCGUCCAGUAAAAACUGUUGAAGAUGUUCCUCGAAGACUCUGUUCUCUAUCAUAUCCAAGAGGUUGGUUCUUCCAUUCAUCAAUUUGUUUUCUAUAAUUUUAAUUGAAGUUAAAGCUGAGGGAUUAUGUUUGUGUAACUCUACUCAAAGCUGAGGGAUUUUUAUUAAUCCUUGUCCACAUUUUUAUAUACAUUAAUUGUGUCCAUGUCCACAUUUUAUAUACAUUAAUUGUGUCCAUGUCCACAGCUUACGACUACUUCUCCUAAACUUGAUGUAAAGAAACCCCAAGAUAUUGUUCGUCCUGGGAGUUUGAGUUUGUUAGUUGAAGCUUAUGAUCGAGGCGUUCAAGUGUGUGCUGAAUAUGCUAAAACUUUUUAUCUUGGUUAGGAUCUUUGGUUUCUCUUCUCUAGCUUUGGUGUAACGUUGAAUUGUAUGUUCAUUUUCUGAGUUGUAGUGGUUUUGUUACUGGAACUUUUUUUAUGACACCAGAAAGGCGUAAAGCCAUCUGAGCUAUCUACGGUGAUUACGGCAACAAGCAGAUCCAUUGUAAUUCUUUUAUCUAUUGGCCAAUUAAAUCUUUUUUGCAAGAAGCUGAAAUAAAUUCUUUUACCGAUGACUAAAAAUUUCACGUUUCAGAUAUACAUCUUUUUGUCAUUGAUUCAUUUUCUUUUUAUAUAUAUGUUCACAUUUUUAUCGUUCACACUUUUCCAUCCAUGUCCACACACUUAUUCCAUCUACGUCCACAUCUAGGCCUGACAUCUAGCUCGUCAACCUCCUCUUCAACAUGCGCUCCCUCGUCUGUUUCCAAACUGCAAAUAUUACAUACAAUCUUCUUUUCAUAAAUCUCAAGCAAUUACCUUUCUUCUUCUCAGCGGCGGCUCGUUUCAGUCUCCACACAGAAGAGAAACCCUGCAUUUAUUGUCGACACCUAUCAUUUUUGAAAACAAACCAGGAAUAAGCCUCAAACCGUCGGAUUGAUUUACAUCCAACGGCUGAAAUUUGUCCCUCUUACCAACAACAUACGUAACUAAGUUUAAUACCCACUUAACGACACGUUCUCUCUCAAUUUCUCAGAUCCACCAGCGAGGGGCAUUAAUGUCCGGAAAAAAGCCAGCACAUCAAUAAAGUGUCUGACCAGCAAGAAGUGUCUUAUAGCGUUAAAAAAGAAAAAAAAAGUGUCCUAUGUUGUAAUGCACUCAUAAAUAAAAGGUGCAGCAAAGUUUGAGUUGAAAAAGAUACAGGAAUAGAUGGUCGGAGUAGGACAAUGGAAACAAAACAUUUGCACGCCUUUAUCUUCUUUCUUCUGAGUUCUUUCAUUGCAUCAAAGAUUCAGGUCCCACUUCUAUUAUAUGUAAAGGCCCCAUUUCAAAUUUAACCCCAUGUUGCCUUUACAAAAUAUAUAUGUAAAUAAAUAAACUAUCAUCCCAUUCAGCCGAAUUUUUUUAUUUUGUUUAGACCAAAAAUAAAUAAAUUAUUUUGUACCUGAAUGUUGUUUUAUAGUAAAAAAGUUGAUUAAAAAUAUCAAAUAAUCUAUAUGUACCUAAAAUGAUGUGAUUAAGAUCAGAAAUAGUCUAACUCCAGCCCCAAAUAAAUUAAACUUGUUGACUGAUACCUCUCCAUCAACAAGAGCGAACAUGUUUUGGAACAUCAUUACUGGACAAACUCUGAUAAUAGUAAAAAAAUUAUAUUCACUUGGAAAAUAUUCAACAAUACUUUUUUGUCAACAUAUUCAACAAUAUUUAUCACAAAACUUUGAGUUUUCUUUUUUUACUAAAUAAAUUUAUUUUUAUUUGUGGUUUUCACGUGAGAUGGUUAAGAAAACAACAAGAGUGGGCUUUUAAACUGGACCCACAUUGUGGCAGUAGCAGGCUGAGCGAGUAUGGGUCCUACAAAUACAACGCCCAUGAUCCCAAAUUUUCCAAAGAAAAUGGAGACAACCUCUGUGUUUAUCCGAAAGCCACCCUCACGCUUUGGAUUAUCUUUCUUUGGUAUUUAUUCAUUUGUCAUUUUAUUUCAAAAUUAAACACUUUAAAAUAAAAUGAUGAAGAAAACGCAGUGCUCCACAAACGUCCACACGUUAUUUGCAUUACGGCAAUUACGAAAAAUUUUAGUUUGAAGGUUCGAUUAUUUUGAUGUGAUUUUAUAGUUUCGCAUAAAACUCAUGAGUUAGGUGUUCAAAAUUACAACAGGUUAAUUCUCUAAGCAAAUCAAUCAAAUGAAGAUACUAUAAGUAGAUGCCAUGAAUUAUAUUUUUAUUUCAUUCUCUUCGUUAUAAAUCAUAGUAGAUGACUAGAUGUUUAAAGUUACGAUAUACAAGGCGCAGAUUAAUAACGGUUUGACUCUAUGUUCAUGCAUCUGUAAAUUAUUGGUGCCAUUUUGUUGUCAACUACAAUAACUGAAGAAAAAGAAACUAAAUCCCUCUUUAAAAAAAAAAAAAAAAAUCCCACAAGGAGAUAUAGACUCAGAGGCUCAGAAUAGUAAGCUAACGACAUCUUGUUGAAACAAACGAUCUUAUUUAGGUUACUAAUUAGGAAGCAAAAAGAUUGUUACAAGUUUGAAGUUCGAACUCUGACAUAGCCCAUGGGUCCAAACCUUAGGCACCCAAUUCCAUGUUGAUGGUGAUUUGGGCCGGGUUGAUAAGUAUAUUUUUGUGCUUACAUUUAAACUUGUAGUACGCUAUACCUAAGUUUCAUAUAUACAAUUUUCAUUUAUGUGCAGACCCAAACAUUUUUUAGGUUGAAUAGUUUUCUUUGCAAGUGUUUUCAAGUGUUUAACCAUAUAUAGAGUCCUGAGGAAAAACUGUCUGCAACAAUACAAACAAACAAAUAUCUAAACUACAAUAAAAUUAUUUACAAAUCCAAAAUGAUGGUAAAGAAACAACAUAGAUCACUGAUGAAAAAAGACUGCUAGGGCUGCAUGCUAAGUAGUCUCCAUGAAUGUUCACCACACGAGAACUAUGUUAUAGGUUAAAAACGAAUGAAAAAAUAUUUAUCUCUUUGAAUUUUUUCUAGCUAAGAAAAGAAAACAUGUCACUCUACCGUUACAAAUACAGUUUCACCAAUUCAUACAUUCCCUAGUCUUUAAAGCUUGAUAUCCGACAUGUAUUGGUAAGAGACUUCGACGUAUGUUUUUAUAGCUCCCAUCAAUUCAUCAUUACUUUUCCGUUUCCCGUUUUCUUGCAAACCUAUCUAUCUCAGAUUAGUUUACAAAUCACCACAAUAAAAUAAAUUAUAACACUGGCCAAUAUUGAUAUAACCACUCCUAACGAUUAUUUAAAGAAAAUGGAAUUUGAGAAUUGGGAACAUGAUCAUAUGACUUAUGAGUCAUAAGCAUGAUAUUAACACGAUAUAUGGGUCCACUUUCAAAGCUACCAAAGGAAACACAUAAGCACAUGCAGAAGUUUACACUACCUGGUUUGCUAUUACAUUUGGGAUCUUGUUUUUUCUGGUGAAAGUUACAUACAGUUGAAUACAAACUGUAAUUAUUAACGUUUUAUAAUCAUUUAUCGAUUUCAUCAAAAUAUAUAAUACCAAAUGUUUUGAUUGUCACAACUCACAAGCGAUCAAAUGUAUUAUAUCGUUAUUAUAUAUAGAUUCUAAUACAUCUGAAUCACGUAAGCAAAGCCUAUAUAGCAGAAAACAAUCUCCAAAUGAAAUAGUACUUGUUAGGUAGAUGGACUUAUUUUAACCGGAAAUAGUUGUUCUCAACGAGCCGUCAAACUUCGGGAAAUAUGGAUAUAGCUUUACUGUGACGCAACUAGAUAAAUAUACUUGAAAAAGGAGUCCGUUUUCUACUAGAGGGAUUUAGUUUCUUUUUCUUCAGUUAUUGUCUACUAACUGCAAAAAAUGAACAAAACCAAAACUUGAUCGGUGAAGAAGGAAUGUGGUGUGAUUUGAAUUUAUUUCGGGUGCCAUGUGCUUUCAUUCUGAUCCGUAUUCUAAAAAUCGAUUUAGGCAGCGUCUAGCCGUAAGAGGCAAAUUGGACCUAAUGGAGUGACUAUUGGUUUUAAGCUAAUAUCAUUUAGGUCUAAAUGUCGGUCUUAGACCGUCGGCAUAAUCAAUAAUCCUUUAUAAAACGCCUAACUUGCCUAACGAUUUGUUGAACACUGAUUAUGAUCAAAUGAGAGAGGAAAUUACUUACUUGAUCUGAUCUGCUUGUUAAUUAGAUUCUCACUCUGGUGCAUUUCUUGCCAUAAAAGACAAUAAGAUAAGAGAACUCAACUCUGUUUAACUGAUAAAGUUAUAAUAUUUGUGUGAUUCUGAGGUCUGAGUUUGGUCAAAGUUGUGACAUUGUUGGAAACCCUCUAUGAGUAUUGUAUUCAUCAUUGGAGAAUAUAUAUACCCCUUUUUUAUAGCUGCAGCUUCUGAUUGAUGUUGAGAAGUGGGAUUAGAGAAGAUUAGAAAACUGUUGAUCUUCAGAAUCUUUUCUCAUGUGCUCUAAAAUACACAUUUAAGUUCUUAUGAAAGGGCAUGUUUUGGUUUGCAUAAUUGAGCAGUUAGACUAGUAUUUUCCAUUCAUCAUAUGGAGGUAGUUGGUUGGUUAUUAGAAGUUGAGUUAUUUGGAAUAAUGUAGGUCUAGAUUCUCUAAUAAUUGAGACCUAAGGAAAGAUUGUAUAUAAUGCUGAAUAUGGCAAUGGACAAUGUGAAUCCGGCUUUCCUGCAUUCUUUUACUUGUGUCUUAGGUAAUAAGUAAGCUGAGAAACUUGUUGGUUUUGUAGAGGAUGGAAGGGACUGGAAGUCGCCAGAGAAAAGGUUCCUCCACUGCGCAGAAGCUUAGGCUUGGAGACUGCAAUGUGGAGGCAAAGAAUCAUGUUAGCAACGGCAGCUUCAUGGAUAUUGAGACUCGAUCACGGGCAGUGACACCAACUAGAUCAACCGUGGGAGUCAAAACACGGUUAAAAGAGUGUAGUAACGCUCUCACAACAUCAAAAGAGCUUCUCAAAAUCAUCAACAGAAUGUGGGGACAAGAAGACCGCCCAUCUUCAAGCACGUCCCUCCUCUCUGCUCUACACUCCGAGAUCGAAAGAGCUCGCUUACAAGUCAACCAGUUAAUCCACGAGCAUAAUAAACCUGAAACCAACGACAUCACCUACUUGAUGAAACGUUUUGCCGAAGAGUGGAAAAGCAACGAGCAACGAGUUGUUGAGGCCGCAAUAGAAUCCGUCGCUGGCGAGCUCGAAGCGGAGAGGAAGCUAAGGAGAAGGUCCGAGAGGUUGAACAAGAAGCUAGGCAAAGAACUUGCUGAAACAAAAGCAGCUCUGAUGAAGGCAGUGAAAGUUAAAGAAGAAGUUGAAAAGGAGAGAGAGAUGUUGCAGUUAGCUGACGCAUUGCGUAAGGAGAGAGUGCAGAUGAAACUCUCUGAGUACAUGAACCACCACGUGGAAGAAGAUGGAGAAGUUGAUGAUGAACACGAAGAAGAUGAUGAUCUUCAUUCCAUAGAACUGAACAUAGACAAGAGCUAUAAAUGGCCUUAUGGGGAAUGUAAAAGCCUUUAUUUACAAAGAAGCAUAUCUGAUUGGGUUGUACAGAGCGGGAAGCUUGAAAAAAGUGGAGAAGGUUACUUGGAUGACACGCAAGGUUAUAAACCAAAUAAAGCUUCUUCAAAAGAUCAUCAUCUCCUCUCUGGUCCAAGACUGAGUAACUUCCGUGGUGGUUCGGUUCCGGAGUCGCGGUUAUCGGAUGCUGCUAAAGGUGAAAACCAGAGUGCUAGAAGAUCAAGAUGGUAAUAAGCUAAA